AUUUGUGUAAACACAUUUCCCAUUGACAUUUGGGUCAACUAUCAAUAUAUCGUCACGACAGACAGUCUAAUACUUAUCUUUAUAUUUUUGUAUAUGAACAGCACAUUAGUAAACUUAGUUAAGAAAAAACAAUGCAAAUUUCGAAGACUGUGGAAACUGGUCAUAUCGAAAAUGGUGAAAAUGUAGAAAUGGACAACAUGCUGUGCGACCUGAUCGACAUACACAAGGUGAAGGGCAACGAGGAGGCGCUCCGUCGAGUGCUGCAGAGCAUCUACAGCCAGCUGAAUAGCAACAACGACGUCAAGUUCGGCACCAAGCUGUACGACAAGCUCAUCUCGGUGGUGAUUGCGGAUAGGGCCAGCGUGCAGGUGAAUCGGGAGCAGAUCUCCAAGGUCCUGGACGCUGUGCAGGCGCAUACCAAGCAGUUUCCCUGGUCAGGACUAUGCCUGUUGCGAAAACUGUCGACGAUAUCGCUGUGCGAUUCGACGAAUGCGGAGGAUGAGCCGGAGCAGCUGCAUCCGCAUGCCGGGCAAAUACUCGAGCAUAUGCUGGACGACUUUGUGCGUGAGCUCGGGCUCGAGUACACCUGUUCGCCGCAGCUGUUUGCCGUUAUACGAAAGCUUUUGCAGUCGGAGCUCAGAGAGAAUCGUAAGUUGGCCUAUUCGAUAAUGCGAAAGUUGCUGCAGAGCAUUGGCAGGAGCGAGGACUUCCACAAGGACUGCCCACAGCUGCAGCAGGCACUCAAGUGCGUGGAGCCCCACUGGCCGGCCUAUGUCGUCAUCAUGGAGCAACUGGAGCAGGACGACUCUCACUUGGUGCUGCCCAUGCUGAGCGGCCAUCUGCCGCGCUUUGUGGCCUGCAGCCAGGACAAUGACUGGCUGAGCUGGCUGCGAAUCCUCUACCUGCGACUGCUCGAGAACCGCAACAAAUUCGUCGUGCGCUGGACCCUGGAGUACUUCCUCUCACAUUCCACUGUCUCGGAGCUGCGUCGAGCCAAUCUGCUCACCGAAUUCCUGGCUGCCACCAACAAAACGGAUCUGUACGAUGCCGAGGACUACUUGCUGCCCGAGCAGAACAUCAAGACCUUUGUCCAGAAUAGUGGAACGGUGAAUUUUCUCGAGGCCCUGGUCCUGGUGCCGUGGCAGAGCCUCCCCCUGCUCCACUGGCUGCGCAGCAUGCCUCCACGCCAGCCACAUGUGGCUAUGGCGUUAAUCCUGAAGAUCUGCGGCCAUGUCAAGUCGAUGCAGCACGAAACUUUGCGCUACGAGGCACAGAAUCGAAUGUUCGACAUAUUUGAGACAACAAUUGAAAGUUUUUCCCUGGGCGAUUAUAUACAGUUUAUGAGGGCCCUUUGCAGCAACAGUGAUAAUUUUUGCAGGGAUCACAAACGAUUUGCAACGAAAAUUGCCACCUGCAAUAAUAUAAGUGAGGAGCUGGUUCACUUUGACAAGAAUCUAUUCGUGAUUAUAUAUCGCACAGAUGUCAAAAUAGGUAUUGAGCUGCACAAGAAGCUGAGCCAAUUGCCAAAGGAUCAGCAUGGCUGGUGGCGUCUCUUCUCCUUCUUUUUCAGUCUCAAGCUCGAGUGUGCGAGCGAGAGAAUGCAAAUACUCGACUUCUAUCAGGAGCAGUACGAUUUGAAUAUCGAUGAGAUGGAACGCUUCACGGACCUCAACGAGCUGCAGCAGUACUUGGUGCACAAGCUCGAGUGCGACACGGAUGAAGAAAUAUCCUUUGUGCUGCAUCGCGCUGUCGAUUGGUUUACGUGCGAGAGACUCAUCAGCUGGAACCAACUGGACGAGCUCAACCUAAAGCCGGCGGAACUCCUUAACCAAGGCACAAUUCUAACGGCUCAGCGUAUAGCGACUUUAUUGAAUGGAAUCGAGGAUCGAUUAGAGGAUGAAAGCAUACUCAAGUCCCUGAUAGCAUAUCUCAAGCAAUUUCCAGAUAGUGUCCUGGUCGCCACAGCCAUUGUGAAGUACACCUCCGCGCAUUGGUCCGUUGAGGAAAGCGAUCAGAUCUUAUAUGAUGUCCUGGAGGCGAGCCAGUUCCUCAAUAUAAACAUUUUGUGCUGCACGAAGAGCGUGCCCACAGCGCUGCUGAUACGUGGCAUACUCUCGGGCAAUCCGUUGUCAGGCGAAAAAUGCAUCGAGUACGGCUAUUUGAUAAAUCAGUACAAUUAUUUCUUUACGAGCUGCAGGAAACGGGAUAGUUAUAUUAAUUUUGUUAUUGAAGGCAAAUCGGAUUCGCACCCACUGAUCGACGAGCUGCUGCGCAUCAACAACGAGAUGAUCGAGAGCUACGUUGAGAACUGCAAGGAUCAUCGCAUCAAGAUGCGAAUAGCGCGCGCCUUGCUCAGGAUAACGUUUAAGGGACCCAGCUACUGGUCGGACCAGCUGUGGAAGGCUCUGCUCGCUGUCAACGAGCAUGACAAUAUCCGAUACAUGUAUGAAUGCUUGGUGGCACGCUGUUUGCCCAGCGCCGACCACUUGCUAAAGCGUCUGCAGCAGCUGAAUGAGCUCAAGUCCUGCCAGCAGUUGUCCCUGAUCUCCGUGCUGCACAUCUACUGCCUCAGUAAGUACAACGGGAUCAAACUGGAGCAACUGCAGCGCAUUAUCGACAUUCUGCUGCCGCUGACCAUGGACGCCAAUCUACAGAUUCGACUGUUCGCUCAACUGGUGCUGCACAGGCUGUUGCUGCAGCUGGAGGAUAACAACAUCAAAAUUCCCGGCGUCACCAACAUGAAGCUGGCCAUUGAGAGCGGUCUGGGUCACAAGCUCUCGGAGUGUCAAUACGAGGGACGAUUGCUGCUGCCCAAGAUCUGUUAUCAGACUCCCGAUGGACUGCAGGCCGCCGACUUUAUACUAUAUAUGACAUAUGCACCGUGCGACGAGUACUUUGCCGAUGCGCUGCGACCGAACAUGAAGCUGAAAUCGGAACUCGGCAAGUAUCGCAGCAGUCUGAAGUACAAGUGCCUAACCGCAUAGGCGAGAGCUGCAAAUGUUUUAAAAAUACUUUUAAGAUAUGUUGAAGGCUAAGGAUCGAACAAUGCAAAUAUACAUACUCAAAUAGU